GUAUAAAUAGGGGUGGCAGGACCGCGCCGAGCCGCACACAGCCAUCCAUCCCUCCCUCUCCCUCUCUCCCUCGUUCUUCUCUCUAGGCCCCCAUCGCCGCCGCCGGCCUGGGGACACCGACCGCCACCAUGAGUUCCUUCAGCUACGAGCCGUACUACUCGACCUCCUACAAACGGCGCUACGUGGAGACGCCCCGGGUGCACAUCUCCAGCGUGCGCAGCGGCUACAGCACCGCGCGCUCCGCUUACUCCAGCUACUCGGCGCCCGUCUCCUCCUCGCUGUCCGUGCGCCGCAGCUACUCCUCCAGCUCCGGCUCCUUGAUGCCCAGUCUCGAGAACCUCGACCUGAGCCAGGUCGCCGCCAUCAGCAACGACCUCAAGUCCAUCCGCACCCAGGAGAAGGCGCAGCUGCAGGACCUCAACGACCGAUUCGCUAGCUUCAUCGAGCGCGUGCACGAGCUGGAGCAGCAGAACAAGGUCCUGGAAGCUGAGCUGCUGGUGCUGCGCCAGAAGCACUCCGAGCCGUCCCGCUUCCGGGCGCUGUACGAGCAGGAGAUCCGCGACCUGCGCCUGGCGGCGGAAGACGCCACCAACGAGAAGCAGGCGCUCCAGGGCGAGCGCGAGGGGCUGGAGGAGACUCUGCGCAACCUGCAGGCGCGCUACGAGGAGGAGGUGCUGAGCCGCGAGGACGCCGAGGGCCGGCUGAUGGAGGCGCGCAAAGGGGCCGACGAGGCGGCUCUCGCCCGCGCCGAGCUCGAAAAGCGCAUCGACAGCCUGAUGGACGAAAUCACCUUUCUGAAGAAGGUGCACGAAGAGGAGAUCGCCGAGCUGCAGGCGCAGAUCCAGUACGCCCAGAUCUCCGUGGAGAUGGACGUGUCCACCAAGCCCGACCUCUCCGCCGCGCUCAAGGACAUCCGCGCCCAGUAUGAGAAGCUGGCCGCCAAGAACAUGCAGAACGCCGAAGAGUGGUUCAAGAGCCGCUUCACCGUGCUGACCGAGAGCGCCGCCAAGAACACCGAUGCGGUGCGCGCCGCCAAGGACGAGGUGUCCGAGAGCCGCCGCCUGCUCAAGGCCAAGACCCUGGAGAUCGAAGCGUGCCGGGGCAUGAACGAAGCGCUGGAGAAGCAGCUGCAGGAGCUGGAGGACAAGCAGAACGCCGACAUUAGUGCUAUGCAGGACACGAUCAACAAAUUAGAAAAUGAACUGAGAACCACGAAGAGUGAAAUGGCAAGAUACCUGAAGGAAUACCAAGACCUUCUGAAUGUGAAGAUGGCUUUGGACAUUGAGAUUGCAGCUUACAGGAAACUCUUGGAAGGUGAGGAGACCCGGCUCAGUUUCACCAGCGUGGGAAGCAUAACCAGCGGCUACUCCCAGAGCACCCAGGUCUUUGGCCGAUCUGCCUAUGGCGGUUUACAGACCAGCUCCUACUUGAUGUCCGCCCGCUCCUUCCCGUCCUAUUACACCAGCCACGUCCAGGAGGAGCAGAUCGAGGUGGAGGAGACCAUUGAGGCUGCAAAAGCUGAGGAAGCCAAGGAGGAACCUGCCUCCGAAGGAGAAGCUGAGGAGGAGAAGGAGAAGGAAGAGGCUGAGGCCGAGGCGGAGGCUGAGGCUGAGGCUGAGGCCGAGGAAGAGGAGGGCGCCCAAGAGGAAGAAGCUGCCAAGGAGGAAUCUGAGGAGGCAAAGGAGGAAGAAGAGGGAGGUGAAGGCGAAGGGGGAGAAGAAACCAAAGAAGCUGAGGAGGAGGAGAAGAAAGAUGAAGGUGCUGGCGAGGAACAAGCAACCAAGAAGAAAGAUUGAGCCCCACUCCUUCCCUUAAUUAUUCCAGGAAUCAUUCUCCCGAAAUCAGGUCAACCCCAUCACCAACCAACCAGUUGAGUUCCAGAUACUAUAUGAAUUAAGAAGUCAAUAUACGUCUAAUUCUGAGAUGACUUAGGUUGGACAUUAAAUGUGCUACGACUUUUCCUUCCGCAGAGUAUCUGUUUGCUUGCCCAGUGGCUUUCUGGCUUGCUGCCAGCCUGUGCAUGGUCCACGCUUAUGAGUUCAGGAUCUAUGGCGAUGUGAAUAAUUCAGAUGUUUACAAUACAGUAAAAAGCCCACAAGUAAAUGAAUUCACUAAUGUUAAUGUUAAACUUUGUGGAAAAAAUAGUCCUUUGAACCUUUGGUGGUUAGAAAUUAAAGACCUCGAAUUAUGUGCAAUAAAUAGUAAAUAAAGUUACACUGAAUGACAUUUCUUGCUGUGGUGGUUGACUUAAUUCAAGUAUCUUAAUGAGGGAGGGCAUGGAUACAAGACAUAUACAAGUGGACUGUGACCUCCAAAUUUCUUGAAGUCAAAAUUACAACAAUUUCAGUGCAUCCCUGCCCCCCCCGGUAAUUCACAGGAUGGAAUUAGGUCAUGACCAUUCAUGAAAUCUCUCCCCUCAAAAGUUUUACCUCUAAUAAGCCUGAGUAAAUGAGUCGCUCGGGUUCUCUUUCUUUUAUAAAUAGCAAUAUACUUUGCCCCAUAAGUGUAUUAUACAGUGUUGGGAAUGGCUUUUUGGAGGCAGUUCUGAAAUUUUGUGAUAAAUACACCUUUUAUGGUAAACAGGUAACUUUAAUACUAGUAUAGAAAUGCAAAAUGGAUGGGAUAUGAAUUCACCCUAUAACCACAUUUAAAAUAUCUAUUCCAAAUGUCAUGAGCAGAAGUGGAAAGCCAAGCAAAUGAUGUAAUCAGAAGGAAUGUUUUUAUCCAUGUAUAAUUUUGGAUGGAGAAGAGUAAGGAUAUCAAACUGCAUUCGCCUUUAUAAACAUGUUGCCUGCAAUCCUGAGCUCAUGAUUUAGGGUCUUGUUAGCUUAAUUCUGUUGCCUCAAGUAAAUACCCUUUAAUGCCACCUAUUUUAAACUUUUUAAGAACUACAGGUACAGAUAAUGAAAUCGUGAUCAGUCACUGACAGGGGGAUUGUAUAUUUGUAUGUUACAGUGUCAUUGCUCUGCAUGUCUUUCUUGGGAAAUAUUUGGACUUCAAUUAUAGCUCUAACUGGUUGGACAUUGCAUUAGAUACACACCCCGUCCGUCCUCCCUGCUCACUGUAAAGUUACGAAAGCUCUUGCGUUUGCACUUAAUGUGGAAUGUAGAUGAAAUUAUUGGCUACCCGCUGUUCUGCUUCUGUUCUUACACGAUUGCUUUGUCAACUAAUUUUGUUCAAUAUUGAUUGUUUAGACAACUUUCAAAAGUCAUGAAUUUAAUGGGGAAGCAAAGUGGUCUCCAUUUAAAGUUACCUGAUCCAAUCACACUAUAUAUUUCUAGUUAAAUAUCUGUCACCAAAGCAAAUGGGUAAAAUAUUUCUUUACCUGCCAUGAUGCUACAGAUUUGAACUAUGAGGAUUCUGAGUACACUGGCUUCUGUAGAGAUGAGGUGUUACCUCCGAGACUAAGCUUUUCACAUUUAUGUUUGUUCAACAUGGGAUGCUGCACAUGGUAAAUCUCAAACAGAUGCAAAUUACAUGUGAAAAAGUAACUUUAGCCAAAUGGAAACAGCUGGUUGGUUUGAGAAUGACUUGAAGUGAGAGCACUGUACCAUCAUUUAUCCUGUGUGCCAUAAUAAAAAACUGAAAAACCUAAA